UAGUAUGAUGAUAUUCGCAGAAAAAUCGUUGCUUGCGGCUGGCAACAAAACAUCGAUACUAUCGAUAGUUCUCCCGAGGGUUUGACACCUCUACCCUACACUUCUCAUAAGAAAACACAUUUAACUAGAUAUCAAAUCUGAUAUGUGUUCGUGCGUUAACAAUAUAUAAAUAUGAGUUAAAUAGUUGAACUGAAUUAGUGGAUGAAAAGGGCACGCACCCAUCAAUGGGAUAGCGUUAACAUAUAAUAAAUGGAUAAAAAUGCUAUCUGCAGCCGCCGCUGCUUCUUGUGCAAGAGAGAAAAAUCGUUCUUGUUCACCACUGCCACACUCCUCAGUGACAGUAUCGUCGUCCUUCUGCCAUCGCCAUCGCCGCCGUCGUCGUCUUCUGCCCCUGCCUUUGCCCCUUUCCGUUCCUUUGCUCUACGCACGCAUCGAUUUCGGCUAAACGUUAGAUACCUCCUAACGCAGUUGUUAGGGUGGAAAAAAAAUAAUAAGUACAUAACAAAUAAAACAAAUGCAAUGCUCUACGAUGUAUUUUUUGAGAACAAAUUAAAUUACAAUAUACGGUCCAAGUGGGCUGGACGCCAUACGGAAGGAAAGGAAUUAAAGUGCAAUACCACACUGGGGCAUGUACAAAAUAAAACGGAAUCAAACAAGCCUAAAUCGAAACAACAAAUUGAAACAGAAGGCGGCACAUGCAGUUUUUUCUAAAUCAUAAAACGUAAACGGAAAUAUAAAUAUAAGUUUGUGCAACGAAUUGGUUAGUGGCUUCCUAAUGAAGACAAUGUCCCGCUUCGGCCUGCGCCGGGGCUUUAAGUUGUCGGAGGAGCAGGUCACUGGCAAGAAUCCAAUUGGACCAAUAGCGGCAAUAAGACCGUCGCAAGCAGGUCUAUGCGGACGAAAGAAACGCCAGCACAGGAAUGAACCAGACGAAGAGGAAGCAGAGCAGCAACAGCAAAAGUCACUGCCACUGGAAGGGGAACAGGAACACGAAAAGGUGCCAAGGGCUCAGCAACAAACGUCUCUGAUCUGUAGAUUACCCCUUGAGCGUUUACCCGGUCUGGUGGAGAGGCUUCAGCUUCCUAUAGAGGAGCAGCCACGGGAAAGAGACCUUGACCUUGAUUCUGGCCCCGGUUCGGGGUCGGGGUCCGGCCCAAAAAAAGUCUUGUGUUUGUACUGUGAUAGAAAGUUCGCCUCUGGCAAGCUGCAGGGCAAGCACGUGGAGAAGUUCCACACGGAGCGACAGGAGAGACGCUGCAGCGGUCGCUCGACCAGCAGCUCCGGGAGCUGCCAUCCGCCUGGAGGAUUUCCCGGAUGCCAGCACUGCUCAGGCAACAGGAAGCAUUCGAUGCUGGCACAGAUCUGUCUGCCCGUGAAGCAUCUGGAUCAGUUGUUCUUCCAUCUCAUUCAGAUGCACUCAGACAAGUACUUUGGCUGCCACCCGUGCCGACUGCGCUUUCAUGACGCCGACCAGCUAACCGGCCACCGUCGACAUCACCACCAGCUCGAGGAGCUACAAUCGCCAAAGCCCGGACUGAUGGGAGCCGACGAGCCGGUGCUGUUCCGCCUUGGUCUCACGCAGAACCGAUUGCCCAGUCAUCGCAACAGGCAGCGGCGAGCAGGGGAAGACGAGCAGCCGCCCCUGGCCAUGCCCCACAAGUCAAGGAGCAGCAGUCGGGCGGCAGCCCAGCGACAGCACCAACAGCAUAUGCCGGCGACUACCAUUCAGCCCGUGGGACAAGGCCAUGGGCAAGCCCAUCCGGAUGAGUCUCCUGAUUCUGUCUUCCGACAGCCCAGCUCCUCAGCCUGUGUCUCAAUCAGCUCCAGUUGUAGCACCAGCAACAGCGCUAGCUCGCAUGUGUUCGAUGAAAACUUUUACAAGGACGUCAUCCUGAAUGUCCAACAGAAUCUGCAGAACUAUCUCGAUGGACGGCUCUUCACCUCCCCCAUAACUUUAGCAUCAAUCUCAACCUCAAGCAGCUCCUCUGGCUGUGGCUUUGGCUCCACAUCUACAGCCACUGCCACAAUCACAUCCGAUCUGGUCAUGCUGCAUGGUACUACUCAAAUGAGCCACGCUAGUGCCUACCCAACUCUGCUGACAUCGGAACAGUUCGGCUCAACGGCAGAGCUUCUACCCCCGGCAAAGUUUCGGCGCCGGCCCCAUACGAAGCACAGCUGGAAGUGGAAGUGGGACUAUGUGAAGAAGUUCACCAUCAUCAACGAGGGCGGGCGGCUGGUAAAGAAGCUUAAGCAGCCCACCUUCCUUGGCCUGCGCGAUCUCUCAAAGCUGGAUAUGUGGACGCAGCUGACCAUGCGCCAGAAGCAUGAUGUCUCUCUCGCCAUCGCCCGCACCUGCAAUGGCGGCGGUGGCGGUAGGGGUGCGUGCAUUGAUGGGGAUGCUGGAAAUCAAAUGCAAAUGGAGCAGCAGCGUCUGCUCGAGCAGCUUAAUCUUAUUCUGGACCAUCGUCUUCUACCGCACAUCAUCCUCGAGCAGAACGAACAGGCGAUAAUCAAGUGCGAGCAAGAGGAGGAUGCCAAGCUGGAGAACUACGGAAGUGUCCAGGGUGUCCAGGAUGAUCUGCUGGACCAGAACUUCGCCGACGAGAGUUUUCUCUCUCUGCUUCAGCUGCAGCCUAGUCAAGGGGCCAGCCUGGAAAGGAUCAGGGAACGAGAGCAGGACCAGGACAACAUGACAUUGUCCUCUUUGGUGCUGAGUGGAGAAUGGGCGCGACCACGUCUCUAUCUGUGCAUAUGCUGCGGGGCCAAGUUUGACAAGCGAAAAUCGCUGGAGGAGCACAAGACGUUCCGUCACUCGCACAUCUAUGCCACGCACUACGAGGUGGUUGGCAGGGAGCUGCUGGCGGGGAACCUGCUGCGCCAUCUAUUCAUACCUAAACGGGCGCUGGGCCGGUUCGCGGCGGAUAGCAACUGUAUUCGCUGGCCGCAGCACAAGCAGGAGGAGCGUGUCCAACACGAGGAAGAGAACACCUCUUCGUCCACUUCUUCCAGGUCGUCGUUCGAGGCUUCCACACCGACGCCGACGCCCAUGUCGGGUCUAGAACAGCAGCAGGCAUCUCCCGCUUCCGGGACAGGGACGACCUCUUCCUCGUCUUGUUCGCUAAGCUCAUCCUCUACUUCCACCUCUAACUCCCAUUCCCAUUCUACCUCCACUUGCAACACAGCCAACACAUCGUCGACUCUUUCAUCCUCUUCUCCUCCGUCGAGCUGCACAAAGUGCGGACGGAAGUGCAGCGGCCUUAUGGAUCUCUACCGCCAUAUGCUGGACUGCUCUGGCGACUACAUCUGGUCGCUGGCCAAGAAGCGAAAAUAUCGCUACUACUGCGGUACCAAGAAGCGUCGCCCCUGCUCAAAGAAGCCGCUAAGACAGUUGUCCAACCGGAAGAAGCUUGAGGAAAAGCUUGAGGACUCUCUUGAUGCCGAGGGAGAGGGAGAGGCUGAGAACGAGAAUGAGAAUGAGGACGAUGGCGAGGAGGAGGGCGAGGGAGAUGGCGAGUGCGAGGAGAGUGGCUCCAGUUCAUCAAAGAUUAAGAACUCCACCCGUCAGAGACCCAGUGAUGCUGAGUCCAUACGCAAAAUGCUGGAGAACUUGCCACCCAAGCGCGUCUGCAAGAAGAUAUUCCCCGUGGACAACAAGGCCAAGCGCAAGUCGAAGAACAAGUCGAAGUCUAUGUCGAAGCAGCAGAGGAGCACAAAGAAGAUAUACAAUCAGCACCUAAUUCGCAACACACGGUCCUCGGUGGUGGCUGCCGCCUCCGCCGUUGCAGUGUCUGCAGGGCAACAGAAGCGCUGCCGACGCAAAAAACAGAAAAAGCAGAAAAUACUGCAGAAGAAGCAGAAAGUAAAGUCCAAAUUGGUCGCCAAGGGAGAUCGCAGAUCAGAGGACAAAUCCCCCCCUGCAUUGUUAGUCAUUGAAUCAGAGCCGCAGGGCCAGACAGAACCGCAGGCCCAUUCGCAGCCACAGACGCAGCCGGAGGUAAAGCCACAAGCCACAUUCCCGGUCAAUUUGAGAUCUCCCGUUGAGGCCAAGCCAGCGCUGGCUGCUCCUCAAGCUGUGGAUCCCGAUACAGCACCAACAGGUGGAGAGCCUCAUCCACCCACAGCAUCCAGCAAAGAGCUGGAGUUGGAGCGAUGCACAAGACAGCGGCACGAGCAACGGGAAGCUGCCUCGGCAACGCCCAGCAAGCCGCCGAUGCUCACGCCGCCGACCACUCCUGCCCUUGCUGUUGCUGCUGCUCCUGCUGUUGCUGCUGCUCCUCCUGCUCCUGCUCCUGCCGCGGCCAACAAGUUCUCGCCAGUUGCUCCCAGACUCUCGGUUAGCAUUGGACAGCCCAGUUCAAUUGCAGGGGUGAAGCGCAGCAAGAGGAUUAGUGACUGCAUUGCCAUGCUCACUGGGAAGCUAGAGGAAAAGCUGAAGACUGAGCAGGUGACGCCAGCAUCACCGCUCCCGCCACGGCUACCGCCGCCAAUCCUCGAAAAAGAGGAGGAGCAAGAAUGCAAUAUGCACACAGAGACGACGCUUCCCCCGAAAGCUGUUGCAGGGAGAGAGCUACUGGAGGCCAAAACGCCCAAGCGGAAGGCUAUGUCCAGACGCAUCAUCAAGGUGGAUGCAGCAAUGGGGCCCAAGCCCGAUGCAGGGCCAGUCUCCGAGCAUCUGGAGAGGCAAUAUACUGAAACUUCAGAGCUAGUCCCGCCUGCACUUCCUGUCCGUGUGCUUUAUACUUCCGCUCCGGCUGCUGAUGCUUCCGUUGUUCCCGUUGCUCCCACCCUGAUGCUUCUAGCAUCCUCUGCACUUCCCGCCACUCCGGGGCGAACCACCACCAAAGCAGCAAGCAAGCAAUUGGCAGCCCCAUCACUGACGGUGGCUGCCUUAAAGCUAUAUCCAGCGGAACAACCACAACCACAAGCAAAACCAUUGAUCGCGCCGGUACCCGGGCCCGUUCCCAUUCCCCUCGGACUGCAUGGGAUGGGAGCAUCGUUGGCAGGUCCGUUUCCGGGUCCGGGUUCGGGUUCGGGUUCGUGUUCGGUUUCAGUGCAAGGUAACAUUAACCUGCUGCCGAAGCUCCCCUUGUAUCUUCCACACGCACAGUUCCAUCCGCAUGCCAAUCAAAAUCAAAAUUCGAAUCCGAACGUUAAUUCCACCAUGUACGUGAUGGAGCAACCCCUGAACCUGACCAGCCAACGCGGAUGCCUCCAGAAGCCAAUACUGCCAAGCACCGAACGUGACGGCUUACAGACUGGACUGCAUCACGGACGAUCGAGUGGAGUGCCGGCCCGGAGGCAGACUAUUUGCGGAUUUGAGGCCCGCAACGUGCUGGGCCUGGAGAUGGACAUGGAGCCGCUCGACUUGUCCAAGAAGUCAGCGCGGAAAUCGUCACCAGGUCCGGUUGCGGCUCCAAUGAGAGUCCCCCAGGAGAUGUCAAUGCCAACACCAAAGGCAAUGCCGCUGCCGAUUCCGAUUCCGAUGGCGAUGCCUAUGCCGCUUCCCUUGGGACCAGCUGCUGCCGUAUCUUCGGCAGCAGUGCAAGGCCUUCCAGUAAAUGUUCUAGGGCCAGGUCCUGGGCCACGUGCAAGUGCACGUGCAGGUACAGGUACAGUUCAUGCAACGGUUUCAUUGGCUUCGCACUAUUACUCCAACCUGGACCUGCUCAAGAUACCCCAAGUGCGCAAUCCUGGGACUGGGACUACGUCGGUGACAGGUACCGGCAGUGGUGUUUCCCCAUCCAAUUUGAGCCUCUGUAGCGCUUCCGCUAUCCCCGUACAUCUGCCAAAAUCAGCAGGUGGAAAGAAACGCUCGGCGGAGGCGUCGGUCGGCAAGAAGGAGAACAUCGGCAAGGGGAUGCCAAAGGGAUGCCUGCGCAUGGAUGAGGUGGUCAACAAUCACAUUGACGACGCCAUCAAUUCGGUGAUCCUGGCAGUCCAAGCCGCUCUGCCUGACGACGAUCACAAGGAAAAGGAAAGAGAAAGGGAAAAGGAAAAGGGAAAGGAGAAGGAGAGGCAGAAGCAAACGAAUUUCAAUCUGCCACCAAAAGAUGUUAAUCUGCCGAAGCCGAUAAACUACAUUGUUGCCACAGCAACAGUUCCAGCGACAGCCACUGCCACAGCCACCGCCACAGCAACAGCUACGGUCACAGCGGCAGGCACCGACACAACCACCGCAAGUGGCAUGUUAUUUACCUCGAUCUUGAUGGGGGAAAAGAUUGUGGCUAGCUCAGCCGACACGGCAGUCCCACCCCAGACCACGACACCAGCGAAAACCCUGCUGACGCCAAAAAAGCGUUCCAUGCGCUCCAAGACCAUCGACUGUCGCUCCGCGCUGCUCGCUAUUGAGGAGCUCCCAGUUGAACCACGACUGCAGUGCCAUCAGCUUCAGUCAAAGCCGCCCGUGAACGGAGAGGCGAAGGCAGACGCGCACCUGCCUGGAGGUCAUUCGAUAGCUCCCGUGCCCGCAGCCCAGAUACCAGCUCAGCCGCUGUCGACUGUGGUGGAACCUCCUCCAGUGGACUGUGUAAAUGAACAAACGCUGGAGAUCGAUAUGCAGCUGCAGCCAGAGCCGGAGCUAGAGCUGCCUGCUCGGUCCCCUCCAGAACCGUUUGCGCUUGUAGAGACGCUUCCAUUGUCGGCUCCUUCUGUGGCUGUGUCCGUGAUUUCCGUUGCGCCUGCACUGCCUUCGAGCAUGGCUGUGGCUGUGACGCCAACCUCCACGGUCGAGACGAACUGCAGCUCGCUGCUUGAGGAGCACAGCAGCAACAUGAACAACAACACCUCCUCGGGCUUCCACAGUCUGGCGCAGUCCGAACUGCCCAGUGUCCAGGAUCAGUCGGUCACGGCGGCGAGCACUCUGGAAGCGUCAGAAGAGCUGGGCGCGAAGGAGAAGGAUCAGGGGCAGGAGGAUCAGGAGCAGGAGGUAAAGCAGCGAGUGGUGGAGGAGCACGUGCCCGUCACCAAAAAGAAGCAGCGUCGCCGCAGAAAGAACGAGCUGGCAGCUAUUGUGGCCGACCAACUGCUGGAGAGCUUUAAGAUCGACAACGCCCGUCGAGACAACCUCAAGAAGCUGGAGAACUUGGCAUACGAGAAGAGCGAGGAUCUGCUGCUGACAGGCAUGCUGCUUAUGUCCAGCACCAAGCGGAACGCAGCCAUGGCCCCCUCCUCCAACUCCACCUCCACAUCCUCAUCGAAGCUAUCCCGGAACCUGACUGUGAAAGAGGCGGCAGAGGCAACUUCGGUGCCUCCUGUCCGAGGGCGACCGAAGCGGCGACAGAGCUGUUACUACCGCAGCCGUGGGAAAGCUGCCGGCGGAAAGGCGACCAACGAGAACAUCAGCAUGCUCAAGUCGACACUGGAGUCCUUCUCCAUUGGGAUCGAAAAACAGCUACUGGCCAAGGAGGCCAAGGGGGCGAAGGAGGCAGCCAAAGAUACGGCAGCCCUGCCGGCAGUCACGACCGCCGGCCAGCCGUCGGCAGCCUCCAUAUUACGGCCGAGCAUUCUGAGCAGCGCAGCCAAGAAGCAAAUGUACCAAAAGCGGGAGGCGGAGCUAGAACUAGAAGUGGAACUGGAGAAAGAGAGGGAGAGGACAAUUCCUGCAGCGGCGGCCACCUUCAGUCGCGAUCCUCGCCUAAAUAAAAACAUACACAAGGAGCAGCCGGAGCAUGGACAGCUCUCAAUCAGGGCCCCAGCGCCGACACCAAACGUGCCUUCGGCGGGAGAUAAUGAUAACGCUGAGGAGGAGGACAACUACCUCACGGAGAUAGCGAAAAACGUGAACGAGAAGAUCAUGUCGGCCACCACCAACGAAGACUUCGAGUUUGCCCACGACAAGUUCGACCAGGGGGAGCAGGAGGGCGGCAUGGAUUUGGAUCCAGACCAGGACAAGUUCUAUCGCCCCCCCACGUCCAUGAGUGUGCGCAGUGCGCCCAACCUGAACGACGAACACUCAAACUUCGGCUCCAUGUGCGACGAGAACACGAACACGGAGCUCAUGGACAUGGACCUGGACGACGAGAUGAGCGUCUACACCAGCUACUCGCAGGACCUGGGUCGCAGCGGGCGUGGUCGGCGGCGCCGUAGACGUCGCAGCGUCCUUCUCACCCGGCCCAAGAAGCGCACACAGCGAAGCCACGUCGAUGCCGAAAAGUACUCGUGCUCCCUGUGCGGCAAAUCCUUCUUUACGGCCACUUCUCUGACCAAACACAAUAUGACCCUGGCCCACGUGUCCAAGCUCUCCGAACAGGAGUACCUUCAGUCCCAGACGGCGCCAUCGAGUCCACGCGACCUUGCGGUACAGCUGGACCUGGGGCUUGAGCUAGGGCCGGGGCAGGAGCAGGGGCUUGACUACGGGGAUAAGCAAACACAAAUGGACCAGCAAGCGACGAUGACGACGACGACGAAAACGACAACGACACAACAGAUUCGUGUCUCGGUCCUGAUGCCGCCCUCUCAAAUUAUCCCUCAGGUGGAGCACCAGCAGCAACAUCAACAGCCACAGCAACACCAUCAGGAGCAACAGCAGCAGCAGUUGAAUGAGCAAGUCCAUCAUGUCAUCACUGAGGCCAGUCUGCGGCUACACGACAAACAGCAGAGUCCGCCGGGAACUUCCGCCGCCCGCCUCAAUCUGAACCCAGACGAGCGGCUCUUCUACGAAUGCUGCAACAUCCUCAAGAGUGCCAAGACGCCUCGCCUGUCCAGCUGCACCACAGCGGCCGCUGUUACAGCUUCAGCUCAACCAACCACAAGCUCCGCGCCGGCCACGACAUCCGUGAUCGUUACUGCCGGGCGCAAACAGCCGCACCCGACUCCGGCAUCUGCGUCGGCUCCGCCUCCGGCUUCGCCAUCGCUAUCGCCUCCAGUCUCGCCCUCUCUGUCUCGUUCUCUGUCGCAUCCAGCUUCACCGUCGCCACCGCCAACUUCGUCUCCGACACCUCCUCCGCAUCCGUUUCCGGCUUCGCAUGGUGUAGAAAGAAUGCCAGGAGAAGCUGCACCCACUGUCUGCCAUCAACCAGUCAUCCAGCAGCUGUUCCGCAAUCCACCCGCUGCCACACCCACAACAACCCCGACCAGAAACCACAAUCGGCUGUCGCCCAGCUACUCGGCCAUCUCGCAGUUCUCGGCGACUACCUCGCGGUUCAAGACGAAGGCCGCCAUGAAGGGUUAUGAAAACGUCAACCUGCAGCUGGACAUGGUAAACCUACAGCUGGCUAAGACCGGGCGUGGCGUCUGCAAGCUCACUGAGCUGGCGGACAUCGCGUUGGGCAGUGAAAAGCCUGGCGGUGACUUUAUGCCGCAUCUUUCCCAAGGGAGUUUCCCUGGAACCAGUGCUCCAAUUGCAGCUGCCGCGCCGUCAGCCAGCCACCAGCACCACCACAUGCACCAACACCAGCAGCAGCAACAACCACAACCACCUCUACCCCAUCCCCAUCCACAUUCAGAGCCGACGCCGACACCAACGCCAACGCCCACUGGUACGCAUACAGGCACUAGGACAACAACGACACCAACGCCGAUGCCAACGCCAAUGCCGACGCGGCCGGUGGAACAGCAGAGCUCGACUUCAUCAAAGACGAUAAUGCACGCGUCCAUCAUCAAAGCAGCCGCGGGAGUUGCCAGCUCGGCGACACUGCCGCCCGCCUGCGGUCGGAUCAUCAUACCGGAUCGGCCGUUCAAGAAUAUCGGACUGGAGGAGAAGGCCACCAUCAUGUUCCAGAAGCCGAAGACGAGCGUGAACCUGCUUCAAGAGCAGGACAACAAUAGCGUUUCCACCGUCAGCUACUCGGACCGUGACGACUAUGACUUUGGCACUCUGAGUUGCGACGGCGACGUGGAGCCAGAGCAGGAGCCGAAACCAGGGGCGCGAUGUGUGGUCAGGACGGAGGAUGCAGCUCUUGUGGAGGUGCCGCCGAGCGCAGUGGACAGGGCUGUGUCCCCGUCCAGCUCGUCGACGUCCUCACCCUCAUCGCAGGAGAAUACCCGUAGCAGGAGCGGAAGCAGCAGCAGCUCCAGCCGAGCCACGGCCAAGACAUUCGAGAAUAAAUCCUUAAUCAUGGGCCGCAUCUUCAAGCACGCCAGCACCAAGGCAGCAUCAGCAGCGGUAGCAACUUCUGCCCAGCAGCUUCCCAGUCCGAUGGAAGGACCGACGUUGGCCAAGAUGAAGGCGUUGCCAAAGAACCAGGCCAACCUUGACCAGAUCUUCGAUGAGCUUAGAGGCGGAGGUGCGGCCAAGGCAUCAGAGGUAGAGUCCCCAGUGGGUAUGGCGAAUUGGGAUCGGGAUCAUCCCCAACCGCACACCCACCCACACCAUCAGAAGGAGCCCAUGGCAGCGCCGGCAGUUCCGACCGUUCCAGCAGCUAUGCCCGCUCCCAGUACAUUGCCGCGAAGCAGGUCUAAAAAGGCCAAAACAGGCCCACCAGCUAAUUCCCCCAUAAUUAUUGUUAAGCCACCCGAAGCAUCGGUCUCGGCUUCGGUCUCUGCUACAGCCUCCACCCCAUCAGCUUCUCGGAAGCCACGAAAGGAUCUGAGCAAGCUGCAGUCGGAGCUGGGAAUGAGCCCGGAGGAGAUCGAGCAGCUGAUCGAUGAGGGCCAGCGCAAGUCGAAGCGCCGCUGCGCAACCAACCGUCCCAAGAAGCUGGUGGAGACGUGGAGCUCUGACGAGUACGAGGAGUUCCUGUCCACCAAGGACAUCAUAGCCCUCAUCGAGGAAAAGGAACAGCAGGAGCAGCGUCGCAAACGCAAAACCAUCGAAGCAAACGCCAACCAUCUAGAGCCAAUUCGGUCGCCAGCGGCAUCCAAGAAGACCCCAACGCCCUCCGUGAUUGCCCGGCGGAAGAAGAGCGCCACAAAGAAACCGCCGGUGCUAGUGCCAGUGCCAGUACUGGAUCGUCCAAAGACGGCGACUACAGCUAGGGCACGGCAGCGAGCCAACCCGAAUCCUCGGUCCGAUCCUGCACCAGAGCCGCCUCCAAAAUCUAAAUCAAAAUCCAAAUCAAAAUCCAAAUCAAAAUCCAAAUCGAAAGCUCCCACCAAGGUUAAGACUCCAACAGCGAAGUCAGCUGGCACCACUAAAAGACGUGGGAACGAUAUAGAGAGCGAGAGGGAUAAGUUGGUGGAGUCCAAAACAGAGACACCGGCUAGGACGCGAAGCUCCAGACAGCAGACCAAGUACAAGCCACCGCCUCUGACUGGAGCCCUCGAAGUUCCUUUAGGGGAAGACGCAUCUCAGCGGCAAUCCUUGCCAAUGUCAACUACUCAGCGGACUAAGUCGCGCAGCAGCAGCUAUAGUAUAGCACCACCUCCUCCUCCUCCUGCUCUGCCGGGAGCCAGAAGCUGCUCCUCCUCCACCGCCACAACCAAUAGCAACAACAACAACAAUAGCAUCAGCAGCAACAAGAAUCUGAAGACGAAGCGGAAAUCACAGACGAACAAACAGUCGCCAGCAAGACGCAAGCGGCCAGCGAGCGAGAAGCAAUUAUACUACUGGAGCAGCUCCAGCGACGACGAGUUCGGUCGUCUGAAGGCCGAUGGUGAGCCAGAUGCAGCGGUACUGAGGGAACAACAAAAGCAGGGGCAACAGAAUCCAGAGCCGCUGGCGGUGAAGCAUUUUGAAGAGAGCGAGCAAUACCAGAAGCACGGGUGGAUAGUGGGCGACUCGCACAAGAAGCUGGUCAAGCUGCUGGCCAUCGCCAAGGGCAGUAAAAAGGUCGAAAACUGCGGCGUGAAGCGUCGCACGCCCAAGCGCAAAUGCUAGGAGCUAGAGCGCGAACACAAGCGGGAGCGGAUGGUAGUCAAAUCAUAGCCAUGGGCCUAAGAGGCGGGACCAGCUCCCAUACUGCCAUUAUGUCGUCGUUCAUCGCAGAACAGCACCAUCUCCUCUCCCUUCUCUUUUUGGCAGGACCUCCUCCUGGGACCUCCUCUGUAACUGAAUGCGGGGUAUAUACAAAAUAUUUUUUCUUUAUUUUAAACAUCUAAGCGUUACAUAAUUUAGGUUUUUUUUUAUUAAAUGUAUUUAUAAUUAAUAAAACAAACAAAAAAGCGAAUAAGCAACAUAUUUGAGCACAACAUCCCAGUCGGACUUUGUUGUUUCCAAACAGUACUUCUGUAUCGCUCCCUUUUCC